AGCACGGCUGCCUAAAAGACAUGGCCGGCUCCGACGCCACCGCGAGCGUGACCGCGCAGUUCAUGCUGGACGGGCGCGUGGCCAUCGUGACGGGCGGCGCGGGCGGCAUCGGCUCGGCCGUCUCCAAGCACCUGGCCUCCCUCGGCGCGCGCGUCGCCGUCGGCUACUUCGGCGACCCAACGCCGGCGCGUGAGCUCGUGGCCAGCAUCAACGCCCAGCACGCCAACAACAGCGACCAACCACGGGCCGUCGCGGUGGAGUGCGACGUCUCGGACGCGAUCCAAGUGAAGGCGCUCUUCGACGCGGCGUCAGCGGCAUUCGGCGGCGCCGAGCUCCACAUCCUGGUGACCACGGCGGCCGUGCUGGACUACUCCUACCCGGCCCUCGCCGACACGAGCGAGCGCACCUACGACGCGGCGUUCGGCGUGAACGCGCGGGGCACGUUCCUGUGCCUCCGGGAAGCCGCGAACCGGCUCUCCCGGCGCCACGGGCGCGGCCGGAUCGUGACGUUCUCGUCGUCGGGUGUCGGGUCGCUCAGGCCGGGCUACGCGGCGUACGCGGCGAGCAAGGCGGCCGUGGAGACCAUGACGAAGGUCCUGGCGCGCGAGCUCCGGGGCACGGGGAUCACGGCCAACGCCGUGGCGCCCGGGUCGACCGGCACGCCCAUGUUCUACGGCGGGAAGUCGGAGGAGGAGGCCGCGAGGUACGUCGCCGAGGCGCCUCUCGGGAGGCUGGGAAUGCCUGAGGACAUCGCGCCGAUGGUUGGGUUUCUGGUUAGUGACGCUGGCGGGUGGGUCAAUGCCCAGGUCAUCCGCUGCAACGGCGGCACCAUCUAGUAGCCUUCACUUUAAAUGGCAUCGUCAUGAGUCUUACUCGGUUUGAACUUUGAGGUUGAGGGACAAUGAAAGUUGUACUCCGUUUAAGUAGUGAAGAGAAGAGUUUCAUCGAAGGAUUGGCGAUUACCAUUGCCAUUACUGUUCAAAGCACCUGCGGGAUUAGUGAAUGCUUUUGAUUCCUCC